UCAGGGAGGCUCAAUUAAGAAUUGCAAACCGAUUAAAUACUGAUGGCACUACUCCCGACAAUGAAUCUCCUUCAGCAUCUAUUCAACAGGAUGUAGAAAUGCGAGAUGCGACAUCGCCCACUAAAGAAGUUAUAUCAGCUCGUAGCCGCUCUAGGUCUAUCAGACGUAGUAAAACUAGGUCAAGAACAAGAAGUAGAAGUAAAGCUAGAAGACGAAAAACAAGAAGUAGAUCAAGAUUUUUAUUAUCGACGACGAAGAAGUCGUUCUAGAGGCGAUCGAUACAGAGAAAGAGAUCGUGAAAGAGAUAGAGAGAGAGAGCGCGAUAUUAGAGAAAGAGAUAGAGAAAGGGAACGUGAUAGGGAACGAGAUCGAGAUCGAGAUAGGGAUCGGGGUAGAGAUCGUGAUAGAGAACGCGAUUGGGAUCGUGAUCGUGAUCGUGAUCGAGACCGUGAUCGGGAUAGAAUUAGAGAUAGGGACAGGGAUCGAGAUAGGAUUCUUGAAAGAGAUCGUGAUAGAGAUCGUCGUGAUAGAGACAGAGAAAGAGAUAAAGAAAGAGACGCAAAAGAAAAAGAUCGCGAUAGGGAAAGAGAAAAGGAAAAAGAACGUGAUAGGGAAAGAGAGAGUGAAAAGGAUCGCGAUAAGGAAAGAAAGGAUCGUGAUAAGGAAAGAAAAGAUCGUGAUAAGGAAAUCAACAAGGAGAAAGACCGUGAAAAGGAGAACAGUAAAGAUAAAGAUGAAAAUGAGAGAGAAAAGGACGGAGAGAGGGAAAAAGAUAAAGAAAGAGAUCGUGACAGAGAUAAGGAUCGAGAUAUAAAAGAAAAGGAACGGGAUAAAGAUAAAGAUAGAGAUAAAGAGCGGGAUAGAGACAGGGAUAAAGAAAGAGAAAAAGAAAGAGAGAGAGAGAGGGAUAGAGAAAGAGAUCGUGACAGAGAUAGAGAACGAGAUAUAAAAGAAAAGGAACGCGAUAAAGAAAAAGAUAGGGAAAAAGAUAAAGAGCGUGAUAAAGAUAGAGACAGGGACAAAGAUAGAGAUCGGGAUAAGGAAAAAGAUAAAGAGAGAGAGAGAGAUCAUCGGGAAAGAGAUCGAGAUAGAGAAAGAGAUAAGGAUAGAGAAAGAGAUAGAGGUAGAGAUAAAGAACGAGAAAGAGAUAAGGAUAGAGAAAGAGAAAGGGAUAGGGAUAAAGAUAAAGAAAGAGAUAAGGAUAGAGAAAGAGAUAAGGAUAAAGAUAAGGAUAAGGAUAAGGAUAGGGAUAGAGACAGAGACAGAGACAGAGACAGAGAAAAAGAUAAAGAUAGAGAUAGAGAUAGAGAUAGAGAUAGAGAUAGAGAUAGAGAUAGAGACAGAGAAAGAGAUAGAGAUAAAGAGAAGGAGAGAGAAAGAGAUAAAGAGAGGGAGAGAGAACGAAAUAAAGAUAGGGAUAGAGAUAGAGAACGGGAAAGAGAGAGAGAAAGAGAUAAAGAGAGGGAGAGAGAAAGAAAUAAAGAUAGAGAAAGAGAAAGAGAUAAAGAGAGAGAUAGGGAUAGGGAUAGGGAUAAAGAGAGAGAUAGAGAUAAGGAUAGAGAUCGGGAUAAAGAAAGGGAAAAAGAAAAAGAUAAAGAUAGGGAUCGAGAUAAAGAUAAAGAUCGAGAUAAAGAAAGAGAUCGAGAUAAAGAAAGAGAUAAGGAUAGAGAUAGAGAGAGAGAUAGGGAUCGGGAUAAAGAAAGAGAAAGGGAUAAAGAUAGAGAUAGAGAGAGGGAUAAGGAAAGAGAAAGAGACAGAGAUCUUAGAGAUCGGGAUAAAGAAAAAGAAAGAGAAAGAGAGAAGGAUAGAGAGAGAGACAAAGAAAAGGAAAAAGAAAGAGACCGUGAUAAGGAACGUCGGUCAAGAAGAUCAAGAUCACGCUCAAUUUCUCGACGGUGAUAAUCAAAAAGAAAAAUGAAAUGAAAUUUUUCAAACAUUAUUUGCAUUUUUCAUUUUUUAUUAUUAUAUUUAAAAAUAUGCAUUGUAUUAAUAAAUGCAAAUAACGUUAGUAUUGAAAUUAUUCUAUUUGUAAUUAGUAAUGGAAUUUUUUGUAUCAAUCUGUAAUAAUUUAACACAAUUUAACGAUAAUUAAUAAUAAAUAACAGAUCCAAUUUUUGGUUCAUCUGAUUUUGUUAUCUAAUAAUUUUAAUAAUUUUAUUGAU